AUGCCCAAGCAAGAGGGUCCGAGCUUUGAGUGCGGCCGGUGGAACCUGGCAGGUCCGGCGCUCGUCAAGAGGCAGGAGGCAGGAUUCAACCGGUUCAACGCCUCGAUCGGCGACUUUGGCGAGCACGCACACAGCGUUGCUCUAUCUCGGUUGUCUCCGAACUCGACAUGCACGGCUGAUAAGGUGUCGGUUCGCAAGUCUUGGCACGAUCUCACCCCGGAAGAGCGUAUCGCCUAUACAGAUGCCGUGUUGUGCCUUCAGAGCAAGGAGGCCAAGACGCCGUCCAGCCUUGCCGAGGGUGCCAUGUCCAGGUUCGAUGACUUUGUCGUUACGCAUAUCAACCAGACAUUCACCAUCCACCAGACCGCCAGCUUUCUAGGAUGGCACCGGUGGUUCAUCUGGGAGCAUGAGCAGGCCCUGCGCAACGAGUGCCGCUACAAGGGCGCCCUCCCCUACUGGGACUGGGCGCGCACCGCCGAGGAGGGCCUGGCCAACUCGCCCAUCUUCGACGGCAGCGCGACCUCGAUGAGCGGCAAGGGCGUCUCGCUCAACUACACCAAGGACGACUACAUCGUCGUCAACGAGGACCAGGGCGACGCCGCCGUCUACCUCUCCGCCGGCACCGGCGGCGGCUGCGUCACCUCGGGCCCCUUUGUCAACUACACCGUCAACCUGGGCCCCAGCGGCCUGACGACCAUCAACGGCGGCUCUGACAACUCGAGCUACCCGUACAAGCACAACCCGCGCUGCCUGAAGCGCAGCCUCACCGACGACGCCAACAGGCGCUUCGCGAACUCGAGCUCCGUGCUCACCCUCCUGCGCGGCGACCCCGGCAGGGACUUCUUCGUCUCCCCCGGCGACCCGGCCUUCUACCUGCACCACGGGCAGAUCGACCACCGCCGUCAACGGCGCCUUCACCAUGAACAACUCGACCGAGCCGCGCCGCACCGCAACGGCACCGCCGAGGACGUCCAGGACCUCGGCUUUGUCGCCGAGGGCAAGGCGCACCUGCUCGGCGAGCUGCUUGACCCCACCGCCAACGACUUCUGCUACGUCUACGUAUGA